AUGACUCUUUAUAGUAUUAAUGUGCUAAGAAGAGCAAUGAGGACCCAUGUUUUAGUGAACAGGUAUGAAUUUUAUUACCUGCACAAUGGUGGUCAGAAGAUCACUAUUUUCUGUAGAAAAAGAUGCAACUAUGAGUGGAAUCCUAAGAGUAUCAACUUGCCUCAAUGCAAGUGUGAUGAUAAAGUGAAGAAAUCCGAAUACUUAGCAGAGAGGUAUGUUGAAGAGUGGAGGAGCAAUCCCACUUGGAAAAUCAAGACAUUUAGAGCUAGCGUUCUAAGUGAUUUAGGAAUACACAUUGGGUAUUCACUCGCUUGGCUAGUAAGAGCCAGAGCAAAGUUCAUGAUUUAUGGCUCUACAGCAGAGCAAUAUGCAAGGAUUUGGUAUUAUGGCAAGGCUGUGCUAAAGUAUAAUAAAAAAAGUGGGGUGUAUAUGGUGGUUGAGGGAGCACACAGACCAGAACCCCCUCUAUUCAUAAGGAUGUACAUGUGUUUGGCAGCAUUGAAGAAUGGUUUUAACAAAGGUUGUAGGGCUCUCAUUAGCCUAGAUGACUGUCAUUUCAAAAGGGCCUAUCCUGGUCAAAUUCUUGUUGUAGUUGGCAAGGAUGGGAAUAAUCAAAUUUUCCCCAUUGCAUUGGCAACAGUGGAGAUAGAGAACAAAGACGGUGCUGGUUGA